ACAAAACCCGCAACCAUGAUGUCUUCAUCCCCCUCCGAACUUCCAGUUGAUCGUUGGUUUUUUUUCUUCAGCGGAUGUGCAGGGGCGGAUGUGCAGGGGGGGGGGUACAGCACCCGAGUCUCGUACAAUCCAUUCGCGUGAUCUUCGGCAACAACUCGGUGCAGGAACAUGCCGUGAAUUCCUACGGGACUCAUCCAGUUCAGUCAAUUCCAAUCGUCAUUCCAACACUCCGGGGGGGGGUUGGGUUUUGCGGUAACCUAUGAUACAACCAGUUGCCAGAGCAAAUCCUCAGGACCCUAGUCGGCAUGUCACGGGGUGUUGCAUAGCGUACCGGUAGAAUGGCAUAACAACAGCAGCAACAAACAACAACUCACUAGAAGUUCCCCUCAGCUAGUCCGGUCUGGUCGAGUCCAGUCAACUGUUCAGUAAGACAAGCGCGCGUCGCAUGACCCCCCCCUCACAUCGAGCACUCUCGCUGCGGUAACUCGUGCGGAGCUAUAGCAUCGGUAUGUUUGCACAACCUCCACCUCCUUCAAACAUCGCUGUCGCAAGAAGUGCUGUACUCGCAUCGCAUCGUAGAAAGCUGGUGCUUAUAUCAUAUCGGUAUGGUAUGGCACCGGUGGAAACCCACAUCCCCAACCGAUAAAAAUAAACAAGCCAUGUUUCCAUCUGAUAUAAACUAUUUUACUUUUUCGCCCAGGCUCAAAAGUCUAGACCUUCCCCCCCAGCGCACCCCGAUCUGGUUCCGGCAAUUCGCCAAUCUGAAACAGGGCUUUCCGCGUGGAUCUCGAGUGAAGUUACGGCAAUUUACCGUCUUUUCCUGA